AUGGCUUCCCUUUCUCGACAGGAGUCGCAGCCUCCACAGCCUAGAUUACGGUCGUUCACACGCCAGUCCUCGUGGGCAAACCAAGUCAACCCUUCGGCGUAUGAUCCGGAGCACACCCCGUCUACCUGUCACUCGGCCCUCCCGCACCGACCUGAAGCGAUUCGAGACCAUGUCAAUCAUUAUUUUGCCUGCAUCGAUAUCGCAGAGCGCGUCCGGUAUCUCGAUCGUAACCAUGUGGUUUGGAAAUAUGAGUAUGACUUUGAACUCAAGGCCGUCAAAUCCCUCCCACAGUUCGCCACCAACCCCGAAGAAGGAAAGAAGGAAGCGAAGCGCAGGGUGAAAGAGAAGAGGCGAAGCACUGCUGCUGCCAUUGAGGCCCAGUACAGACGGACCGAGAUUUUAAGGGAGGCUCUGGGGAAAACUCCGAACCCACCAGUGCAGGCGUCUACUGGGCAGGGGCAUCUUGUUCGUCACGUUGGGGAAAGCGCCCGUCAGUGGAGGGCGUCGGAGAGAUACAAAGAGGGCAUUGAGGUAGUGAGGAGGUGGAAGGAAGAUCGACAGGCACUAACGCGGAGACUUGAUGCCCUAGAGGAGAACUCAGACGUGUCGACCACGGACGACGAGACAGCUUGCCAUCCCCCCAAUGGCAAUCAGCAAUCGGUUGAACCGGAACGACUGCGAGUAAGGGAGUGUGUGCGGAAGCAUACUCGGAAGGAACUUCCUGCUGUCGGAAAGAAGGCAGAUUACAAUCUCGAAUGUGAUGUCAAUACUUACCUGAUACAAUACACACGCAUGCACACAGCCAUGCCUGGCCCGCAGAGACCACGGGAUACGACAAACACCGCCCUCAGCAGGACGUCGACCUCAGACAGCCUGGGCGGUGGCGGCCUGGAGCCAAUUGACGCAAAAUGCUUCAAAGGCCUCAAAGGACACUUUCCGGAUCAGCGAAUUGGAUUGAGAGACCCUCCCGUGUCGACUUGUGCCCGGAUGCUUCUACGGCCGCAGUUUUGGCGCGGCCAGCAGCAUGGCUCUCGGAAGGCGACGGAUGAGAUCGAGGACAACCCCAAGAACAUUGUGCUUUUCAUGCCAUACCUCCACUGGGAGACGGACAGGAUGCGGAACACCGCUGCAAAGGUUAUCGACCUCGAGUCCGAAAAGCAAUGGAAGAAAGAUGCAGGCAAGAAACGCGGAGAGAAGGCAAGAGCACAAGCGACUCAGGCGUGGUCUCGCCUUGGGCGCAACGCGGAUUUCGCACAGCGAAGACCAGCAAAACGAGGGAUUACCAAGGCACUGGAGACCCAAGCACUCAGCAAAGCAGAAGGGCAUUGGAAUAUCAAGAUCGGCGCCAACGAUCGGCCCAAGGUUGAAAGCCCUCUGGGACAGUAUCUUAUCGACGCUGCGAGGCUCCACGAGGCUAUGUCCACGUACCGGGACCAGCAAAUGUUUGAGAAGUACCUGUACAACGAUCCUCCGCUUCAUCCGCGGCGAACUCUUGAUCAGUCAUACUACUGGACGCUGAAAACGACGAAAUGCCGUGACCGGGACCAAGUCGUCCACCGGGGGACCAACGCGAAUCCGGAGGACCUCCAUCGGCUGCAGAAAAAGGCCCAAGCUGAACAAACCAAGCGCCUGGGAAAGCUCGUGAAGCAACAGCAGCUACCACUUACGAAGGGCACGACUAGUAGCAGCAGUGCGGAGCCACAAUGGCAAUGGACAAAUCAUUCUAAGCAUACGGACGACAACGGCUGCGAACACUGCAGGAGCAAUAUCCGGAAGACAUCGCAAGUCAUCAUGGUGGACCAGCUCUGGAUGUGGGUUCUGGACGAGCGAACCAUCAUCACCUCGUUCCCUAGGCGUUACGGCUACAACAAACACGACCUGUCCGGCGUCCACAAAUCCAUUCGGGCGCGGCUUGGAUCUGCCCGCAAGAACCAGAUCCGAUCUGUUUACGACCUGGCGCUCAUCAUUCUUGACGAGUGCUCUAACACCUUUUUUGAUCGUAUCAAGACCAGCGACAGCCAGCCGCAGGUGAUUGACAUCUUUUCUGAGGCGAUUGGCAAUGUGACGCACAAACACACCAUCCUGUUCCAGCGCGUUUGGCACUGGGCCUCAAAUGUCUCGAAGGUGUUCAAUUCCAAAACCGCGCGGGCCGAGGGGCUUAACCUGCACCAGCCUUUCAUUGACAUCCAGCCAGAGGCCAAGCUCCAGCAGGAGAUCAAGGACAUCGUUGACGAGCUUGACAUGAUGCUGCACGUCUACAAGAAGCAGCGCGAAGUCAUGCGGCGGUUUUGCAAGCACGUCGAGCAUAUUCUAGACCCAGAGGGCCGGUGGAAGGAGGGUACUAGUGCCAUGUAUGAAACGCGCAAAGAACAGAAUGCGAACGUCUCGUCCGAGCAGAGCCAGCCCAUCGCUCUCGACGAUGCCGAACGGCAGCGGAGGAAGGAGGAAGCGGCUGAAAGAUGCAAACAGCUGUACUGGUUCCGCAUGCAGUCUCGCGAGCUGCUAUCCGAAGUGGACGACCGGAUCGAUGAGCUGGAGGGGCUGAAGCAAGCAGCCCAGAGCACCGCGCAGAGCGUCAACGACCUGCUCUCACUCAAGCAACAGCAGGCCAGCGUGCUGCAGACAUUCGAAGCGGUCCGGCAGGCCGAGGAAACCAUCCGCCAGGGGCGAGCCAUCGUAGUCUUCACCGUCAUCACCAUCAUCUUCAUGCCGCUGUCCUUCGUGUCCAGCCUGUUCGGCAUGAACAACGUCGAGUUCGGCGCCGAGACCACCCUCACCCUGCGCGACCAGUUCCGCCUGAUGUUUCCAAUCUCCUUCUCGGUGAUCCUCCUCUCCUUCACCCUCGCCUUCUCCCCGCUGCUCCGCGCCGUCAUCUACUCGACCACGGCGUACACGGUCAACUGGCUGCUCGUCAAGAGCCAGCUCUACCGCGCCUGGCUCACGGUGGCGGACGGCGUGGGAGCGCAGAGCCUGCCGCAACUCAUUGACGAGAAGGUGGGCGAGCUGAAGGGCAGAGUGCAGCAGGCUCGGCGGGAGGCGCAGAGGCGCAGGAAGGAUAGGAGGGCGGAAAUCGAGAAGGGGGAGGAGGGAAGAAGGGGCAUAGGAAUGCAGGAGCUGAGGAAGCAGGAGAGUGCGGUUGGAGGUGGCUGCGGUAAUGGCAGUGGCGUCGACAACGGCCCAGUCGCGGUCACGGAUCUCCAUGUCUGGGAUGCGGCGCUCCUUUAUCUCGGUGUUCCGCUCUUCUCAGACUCUGGCGGGGAGUGGCAACUCGGGGGAAGGUGUUGA